GGGAGGUCAUGGCCCGCCCCAAGGCGCCCAAGGCAAGAAGGCCCAUGCCCCUCAGACGCUCCGUGACGCCAUGCAUGCGUCGGUUGGCCACAGGUGGGGGCGACGGUGGCGUGUGUGGUGGGAGGGGCGGUGUGGGGGGCGGGGGAGUGAGGUCGGUCUCUGUGAAGGCGCCGGGGGGGCUGGCGAGUUUCUUGAGUCGUGUGAGGUUGUGUUGGUCUGUGAAGUGCCGGGCGAUGCGGCAGGCGGGGGGCGUGAGGGCCUCAUCCAAGAAGGGCAGCCGACGCACAUGCUCGGAGGCUGGCAACCUGACACACACCACAGGAGACGGAACAAGACAUUGGCACAUCCAUCCAUCCCUCCGUCCACCCUACUGAGUGUGCUCACUGGUCGAUGGCUGUUCGCAGCAAGUCGAUCAGGUGGUCGUAUCGCGGCAGCUGCAGCCUGCCGUAGCCCAGCACCUCCUUGACAAACUCACACACACCACCUGACCACACAGAGAUACCAGUGAGUUGCUUGGGUCUGCUUGUGUCGCCUCCCUCCCUCCGAUUGCCUACCAGGGAGGCCCUCGCAGAGCUGGUCUACGUUGGUGUAUCUGUUGGCGUCGGCCAGGGUGUUGAGGUCGGCCUGGGUCAUGUUGCCUGGCGCAGGCAGGGUGAGGUUGUCCAUCCACGGCAGCGACUCCUUCAGCAGACACAGCAGCGAGUAGCAGAGCUCUUCCAGGUCAUCCCUACAGGCAGGCAAGCAGCCCUUGGUUGAGCUCAGCGCGACAGAGUGCUCACGUACUUGAAUGCCGGUGGCUCGUAGGUGAGAGAUGCUAUGGAAGCGACAUGGAGGCUCUGCAUACCACACCCUCGCCGAUUGCGGCGGGUGGUCUCGUCAUCGUCGCCAGGUUUGGAGCGGACGGGGCGGCACUUCUUGAGGUCCACCAGAUACACACGCUUGCCGUGGCCGUACUUGAGCAUCAUAUUCUGACACGGAGGGAGGGAGGGAGGAGAGUUGCGCCGUGAGUGAUGUGGUGCAUUGGCUGUUGUCUUCGGGGAGGGGUGCGUACUCUAGGUUUGACGUGUUCGUGGACGAGUCCGUGUGAGUGGAGCUCCCGCAAUGAACGGACCUGCACACACACACAUGACAGAGAGAGGACGUGACAACCCGACACACAGCUCUCCAGUCUGUGUGUGUGUGUGUGUGCAUACCGCCUCGAUGGACAGCUCGAGGAUGAGUUUGGCGGGUCGCCAGUCGUCCAUCUCUUGGCUCUCCGUCUGCCCCGCCGCCCACUGCCGGGCGUAGCGCAUGACGCUCUCCAGGUCGCAGUCCAGCUGCUCGUUGAUGUAGAAGUCGACAGGCGCACUGCCGAAGUCGCCAUCCUUGACAGCCCCCUGCUGAACGAGCUGCGUCUCAUAGUGCACUGGCUCGGGGCAGAUCGGCAGCUUGGCAGACGCUGAUAAGGGGAGAUGGACGGCUUGGGCUCCUGCUGUGUGUCUGUGUGUGUCUUGGUCACCUUUGAGGUACUGGUACACGAAGUUCUGGCGUGCGAGGCUGCCGAGCGGAUGGCACUCGAGGGCAUCGAAGAAGGUCUUGGGGCCGUACUCUUGCGGCGGUGAGAGGGGCAGGGGAGGGCUGUCUGACGAUGCCGCCGUGGGCGAGUCCCCACCCGACGAUGCAGAUGCAGACGCGCCCGCCGCUCCCCUCCCCCCACCCCCACUGCUCCCGCCGCCGCCGCCGCCCUUCUUGGCGCUGCUGUCUUUGUCGGGACUGGUGUCCUUCUUCUUGGGCCAAAGUCCUAAGCCAAAGUCACGAACGGAGCAGGGGAGGACGCGUUGCUGCUGAUCGAAACCAACAGAGAAGCCAUUGUAUGCGUGUGUGGGUGUGCGUGUGUGCUUUGUUUACCAUCUGGCAGAUGAGCUUCCGGGCGUCCUGCCCCUCCUCCCACGAAACAACUGGACACACACACAGCACACAGUACACAGAGGGACUGACCAUGGCGCUGCUUUGCGGGUCAGGUAGCUGACUUACCGGUGGCCUGUGCGGUGAGAAAAUGCACCGAUAUCAUCGACUGCACCUCAUACUCCUUGCGAGCACCGACACUAAGCGGCAGACGCAGCAACUUGAGCAUGCGAUUCGCCGCCAAGAACAGCACAUACGAGUUCUGAACAGACAGACCACCGACAGACAGAGAUCCUAACACACCCACCCCAGUCCUGUCAUGUGUGUAUGUGAUGUGUGUUGCUGCAAGGGCUCGCUCACCCGCUCUUCCUGUACUCGGUCAUCGACCUUGCCAUCACCCUCCUGCUGCUUCUCCUUAUCGCCACCCCCCACACCCUCACCGCCGCCCUGCUGAUCGUCAGCACCACCCGCACCAUCAUCAUCACCCACAGCCGCGCCCAGCGCCAUGGCUGUCUGCUGCUGUGCGACACCACUCGCCUGGUCCUGGUGCUGCUGUAGGGAAGCAGCGAGGUCCGGGGACGACUUGGCGCGCCGCAGCAGAGGUGGUAUGUCGCUGUCCUCGAGCGAUGGGUGGCCGGCGAAGGAGCUGCUGCGCUUCAUCUGGUGCUUCUUGGGAAUAGCGGCGGCCUCUGGUCCCUCCCGGCUGCCCUGUGUGCUGUGUAUGCGGCGGACGGCCUCCCUCACCAAAGCCACCAACACACGCUCCAUCACGCUGCCGCUCUCCUCGACCUUGGCGGCCUCUCCAUCGCGCUGCUUAGCACCAGCCGCCCGCUGCUGACCAUCGCUGGCCUCCUCGGUGCUGUGUGUGGUGCGUAUGCGGCGGACGGCCUCUCUCACGAGCACCUCUAACACACGCUCCACCACGCUGCGAGUCGCCUCUCCAUCGAGCUGCUCGGCGUCUGCCGAAUCCUGCUGUCCGCUGCUUGCCUUAGCUGAGCCGACAGAUGGUCCUGUCGGCAGAUCGCUUGUCGGCUGAGCCUUAUCAUCGACAUGAGGGUCAUUCUGAGGCAGAGAGAGUGGCGGGUUGGCCACUGGGGCGCCGCUGCUGCCUCGUGUGGCGCCGUUGAGAGGCUGUCUGCUCGGGCUGCUGUCGUCGGCCAU